AUGCAUACACCAUCCAAGGCUGCUUCGACGUCGAGCGCGGGCCAAGCCGUCGUCGUCAUCCCUCGCGAGCCGAGCCUGCUCCCGUGUGCGUGGCCGUCCCUCUGCGCGCCUGCCCUGCACGCCGGCCUUCCGAGCCUGCCUCCCCUCUCUCUGACAUCUGCGACGCGCGAUCGCCCCCUCGCAUCCAAGGCGACAUCCGCUGCACGCAAUGGCGCACGCGCGUGCAUCCUACCAGCGUCGACAAUCCGACGACGGGAACCCGGCCUCAGCGUGCCUCGGCGCGCAUCAGCGCACACAGACUUGGGCCCAUCACGAGCGCGAGCAUCAGACGCAAGACGUGGGAUCUUGCAGGGAACGGCGCAGAUUUUGAGCAGCGUCGGGCAUCGCGACCGCCGUCAGACAGUCUCCACGCAGACUCGGGCAGAUGAUCGACCGCGAGCGCGCCUCCGCAGAAGACACCAGACGUCGAGGCUGCAGACAACGGCAAACACCUCGUGCAGCGUCAGCCAUCGCUCAAUGGAUCCCGGCCGUGCGUACCAUCUUUGUCCCGCGCCGCCUCACUCAUUCAGCUGCUGCCCUCUUGACGAUGCACGCGCUCUAACAAUCAUAUCCCUCACGUACGUCGUCCAGCCCUCUGUCAUUGACUUCCCGGUCACUAUCUACUCACAAAUAUACGCCGACGUCCCGCACGCUCACAGCUCGACGACCACACAUCUAGACGUUUGCCCCCAACCGAGGCUGCGCUCAAUCGCCGCCGCCGAUAUUCCAAACAGCUCGCUACGCCCUCCGCACGCCACACGCCAGCCGGGAACCGAGACGACAGCCCUCGCCUGCAUCAAACCGCUGCCGGUGCUUCAGGGCAACAACAACGGCGCAAAUCGUCGGCGCAAAUCGUCGGCGCAAAUCCCCGGCGACUGCAUCCUCUUGCCGCCAGUGCUGCAGAGCGACGACGAGGACGCGGAUGGCCUGCACCGCCGCGCAGCCAGCGAGAUGCGAACACCUGCCGAUCACACAUCGCGCCCCCCGCGUCCCCGCCCGCGUACCUGGGCGCGGUCAUUCUGCCUGACGCAGACGGACACCCUCGCCGACGUGCGCACCCGCCAGCGACGCCCGCGUCGCACGCAGCGUCCCCGCGCAAUCGAUGCUGCGCCCGCGCGUGCGCAUCCUCGCAUUUGCGCCAUUCGCGUGCGUGCCACCGUGAUCCGCGCGACCCCGCGCGCCCUGAUCGGCAUCUUGGCUCCUCGCGGAUGUGCACGACACGCCGUGCCCCUCACGACGCGCGCGCGCGCCGGCCUGCCGUCAUCCCGGGAUGCCCCCCACGAGCUCCCCGCGCGGGCCGCUGCUGCGCGCGUGCCUCUGCUGGAUUCUGGGGGCGGGGAACACCUCGACACAGGAGGGGCUGACGGUGCCCGUCCGUCAAUCAACACCAGCCAGGCGGGAGAGCCCGCACACACCGCCCGCGCGUCCGCGACUCGGGCGCGAAACCAAGUGGCUCUGCUCCCACAGCGCCGCGUGCUCACAGCGGGCCAAGACGUACCACAGCCCGGAGCGGAGGAGCGGCACACGGCCGCCGUCGCAGACACCAUUGAGUCGAGUCGGAGGCUGGGUGCACAGCAGAACACGUCGAGCCGCGCGCUGCAGCACGUCUAUUCGAGUGAGUCUACCGUCGCGAAGCCAUCAGCGUCCGUCUGCAUGCCCCAGGUCUGUGGCCGCGCUCUGCCUGUGCCCACGCCCGCGCUCUGCACGACGCCUCCCCCGCCAUCUUCUGGCCUAAUGCGCACGCCGGGCCCACGACCACAUGAGCCUCGAGCGACCGUGGGUGGCGUCGCGGAUGGAGCGCGCGUGCGCGCGCAGUCUCCCGCACUCGGUCAAGAUGUGCUGCCCAUGCCGUCGCGUGCGCCCGCAGCUGCUGCUGCAUUACUACAAAUGCACAUAAAAGUGUAA